UCGUCUGUCUCUGUCCGUCUGGUGUGUAUGGCUUUAAGCGACUGCGUAUGAGUAAAGCGGUGAAAGGUCAAAUGCUCUCUUCGGUGUGUCAUCGAAGUGGUCCUCUCUCGGCUCUCGCAAUGCCGCGCGUCGUGACCUUAACGCGUUUCCUGAGCAACACAAACCCGAGCGAUGCCGCUUUGAUACUUCUACUUGGUGUGCCAUGCACACAUUCGAGCUCUGGGACUGCGCACGCCAUCCGAACCCCGUAAAAGCGGCAAGUGUGCCACAAAGGCUGGCCGUCGUCUCCGAUGAGGAAGAUGCGGUCCAUGUCGCCGGAGAGUGCCGAGCAUUGGCUCAAGGGGUUCAUCGCGCAGGAUCAGUCCAAGGUGCUGCACAGGCUACGUCAGAUCCAGCUCAACAAGGCAGCCAGCACGACAGCCGCAACACCGGAAGGCACCGGCAACUCGUCGUCUAGCACCUCUGUUCCAACUUUGGACAAGGGAAAGCGCGUUGCAGCGCAGCUUUCUUGGUCUGGCACGAGACUUGCGUGGUGCAGAGGAUGCACGACCAUUCGCACCUUUACAUUCGAAGACCCCGUCGUCGCUGCAACCUGGGCAUGGUUCCCAGGUCGCGCGACUUCGCAAGGAGCUCCUUCCCUCAACGCGUCUGACACCAAGGGCAAAGCCAAAGCCAAAGAUCCGACAUCGGAACUCUCGCGAGCCCUCUGCGUCCUUUUCAGACACAAGGUGCACAUCCUUUUCAUCAAUUCUGGCGACGACUAUGACGUGCCGCUCGCGUUCAGUGCAACAGGUCUGUGGGCCGCGAAGCAGGGUAUCUACAUUCAAAGGCAGCUGGAAACGGAAGACUACAAACUCCAGAGCGUCGAAGGCGCAGCAGCAGCCGAAGCAGCUGGGCAGGACAUUCUCCCCACUGUCUUUCACCUUAAUCAUGCCUUGCAAGACGUCGGGGGUGUCUACCGAGCAGAAAAGAUCACCUGGACCACCUCAGGCAUCGCAGCGCUGCAUGGCCCUGCGCGACCUUUUGCAGAUCUCAGCGAGAGGAUCCUCUACGUGGGUGGCGCGGAAGGCGUAGAUGAGCCUCCGCUGCUGGCCACCAGAUGCUGUGAUGACGGCGCCGUGCGCAUCUACUCCUAUACACUGGACGAUUCGGAACCACAGCGAGUGGCGCCCACACUUUCCCUCACUGGGAAGCAAACUAUCUCGACAGCUCCAGCUCAUGGCCUGUCAGAAAUGGGCGGGGGAGCCCAGCCCCAACCGGCAUUCGCCAGCAAGGACGAAUCACAAGACUAUCCAGGCGACGUCAGUGAUUCGCAGCAUGUAGCAGAGACUUCACUGGAUGCCUCGACCCACUGGGCACGGAAGCCGCCUCGCAAGAGCGCCAGACUGGAACACGACCGCAAGGUCAAGUACUACGGUGCACUCUCAGGAGAAGACGCUCUGGAUCGCAGUAGGCGGGUCAAUUGGCUUCAAGGCAGCGAGCUGCGCAUCACUAGUGCGCACGAAAGUGCAGGUGCCACGGACAGGUCCGGUGUGAUCAACAUGAUGCAAGCAGAGGAUCUUGCGCAACUAGCGGAUGGCAUGGCGCGACAGUCGCAAGGCGAUACGAUCAUAGAGGAUAGUACUCGCGGCGCUUUCACAGGACGACCCAGCCUCGGACCUAGACAGCCGUCGGGACGUCGUUCUUCACGGCCCAUAGUGCCUCUUGCUGCACGCGGCGGUCGACAGUCUUCAGGUGCUUCGAGGCAGCCAAGCGUUGUACUUGGCGACCCGAAUUUGUCACUCAACGUCAACCUCGAUCCGCCACGAUCUGCUACCGUAGCCCCAUUGAAGCCUUCCUCGGAUGCGCUCGACGCCGCUCGUGCGCACAGUGUGCCAGAUGGCAUGCACGAUAUGGCUAGCAGCUAUGCUAACGUCGCUUUGCUCGAGCAAGUCGCGUGGGACAAGGACAAUGGGUGAGAGCAUCUGAAGGGCCCGCAUAAAAUCUGGCGAAUGGUCUUUUGAUACAUACUGGACGCCGCAGAACAUCGAUCUCUGUGCGUCUGCACCAAAAAAAUGCAUGCCAUUUUCUCACCUUGAGUUCGAGCAACCGGCAAGUGUGUAA